GUUGAACUCGUACUCUGCUAACUGCUAAGGCCUGCUGGGGUUGUGCGCUUGCGUUUACCAUUAGCAAUUUGCAGCUUACAAGCAAACCCCGCCCGCUUUACAUGCUGCCCAGAACUCUCUAUCCCCACCAAUGGCCAUGCCCAUGGCCCCCAAUUCUCUCUCUUUCUUGGCAUCUUUUUAGAUUAGAUUAGAUUAGAUUUGAUUCAGUUCAUUUGGUUUCUGAGUUUUCUUUUUGCAUUUUGGGAGGUGGGCAAUGGGGUUUAGGAGCUUUUAAUUGGGUUUGCUUAAUAUGCCCACAACCUGUUUGAUAAAAUGCGUGAGAGAAGAGAUGUUCUUCGUUUAUUCGAGAAAAGAUUGAACAAAGAGGAAAAGAAGUAUUAUUUUUGUUGGAUUAAUCAAAACCAGCCUUUUUGUCUUUGGUGGAGGGCCUGAGUCUCUCACAGUGAAAGAAAUUAUUAAGAAAGGAGAAGGGGUAGAGGAAGAUAAAGCCAAGGCAAAGCAAAGAAGAAGGGGAUGGGGGAGUGUGGGUUUUGUUCUGUCUUAGCCUGUCCCCCCCACCCACUCACACAUAUAUGCACUCUUCUCUCUCUCUAACAGUCCAAAAGCCACCAAAGCAUUGGCCUUUUUUCGCCUUUUGCUUCUGUGUUUCCUAUGCAAUUGUCUAUGUCUGUGGCUUCUGCUCCCUCUUCUCAGUACCUGCAAAUGGGAGAGGAAUCAUACUUUGAAUUUCUUGUUAUUAUUUGAUACCCCUAAUUCUCUUUUUUUUUCUUCUCUAUCUUUUUAGCCUACUCUUCCUUAGCAUCCAUCCAAACACUACUUUCUUGUUGUUUUCUGUUCAUCUCCUUUCAUUUCUCUCCUUUUUUUUUAGCUUUAUUGGUAUGUUUUCAGCAUUCUUUGCCAUGAUUUGACCUCAUUUCCAGUUUUCUACAGCUUUGGUCUUCUUGUCACCUUAUUGCCAAUUGAUAUCAUUCCACGCCAUUUUCCCCUUUCUUGUUUUAGUUCUGUUGGGAAGCAUAGCAAUAGGACACUUGAAGUAACCCUGGGUGGGUGUUCAUGGAAAUUGAUCUGAACCAAACAGCCAGUGAGGUGGGGAAGAAUGCAUAUUGCCAUGGAAAUUGUGAAGAGGGUCGCUGCAAUUGCUGUUUAUCAUCUUCAACUUCUUCUUGUUCCUCAAAUUCUUCAUCAACUCCCGCCUCUUCUUCAACCUAUUUGGAGCUUUGGCAUGCUUGUGCUGGUCCUCUCACCUCAUUGCCCAAGAAAGGAAAUGCAGUUGUCUAUUUCCCACAAGGUCACUUGGAGCAAAUUGCCUCUGCCUCUCCCUUUUCCCCCAUGGACAUGGCCACUUUUGACCUCCAGCCCCAGAUCCUCUGCAAGGUCAUCAAUGUCCACCUACUUGCUAAUAAGGAGAAUGAUGAGGUCUACACACAACUUACUCUGCUUCCUUUGCCAGAGUUAUUAGGCACUGGCGUAGAGGGCAAAGAGCUGGAGGAAUUGGCGUUGAAUAGAGAUGCUGAUGGAGAUGGUAGCGGAGGGUCGCCUACUAGAUCCACACCUCACAUGUUCUGUAAAACACUCACAGCGUCCGACACGAGCACCCAUGGAGGAUUCUCUGUUCCUCGCAGAGCUGCUGAAGACUGUUUCCCUCCUCUGGAUUAUACUCAGCUUAGGCCAUCUCAAGAGCUAAUAGCCAAGGACCUGCAUGGCGUGGAGUGGAGAUUUAAGCAUAUUUACAGAGGUCAACCUAGGCGGCAUCUGCUCACUACUGGAUGGAGUAUUUUUGUAAGCCAAAAGAAUCUUAUUUCUGGGGAUGCAGUGCUCUUUUUAAGGGGCGAAAAUGGAGAGUUAAGGUUGGGAAUAAGACGAGCUGUUCGGCCUAGAAAUGGUCUUCCUGAUUCAAUUGUGGGCAACCAAAAUUCUUGUGCAAAUGAUCUUACUCGUGUGGUGAAAGCAGUUUCCACCAAGAGCACGUUUGAUGUGUUUUACAAUCCAAGGGCACAUCAUGCACAAUUUGUUGUAUCUUGUCAGAAGUAUGUGAAGAGCAUCAACAAUCCAGUGAACGUAGGCACAAGAUUCAAAAUGAGAUUUGAGAUGGACGAUUCGCCAGAGAGAAGGUUUAAUGGUGUAGUUGUCGGUAUUGGCGACAUGGAUCCCUUUCGAUGGCUGAACUCGAAAUGGAGAUGCUUAACGGUUCGAUGGGAUAAAGACAGUGAUCAUCAAGAACGCGUUUCACCCUGGGAGAUUGAUCCUUCUGUUUCUCUCCCACCCUUGAGUGUUCAGUCUUCUCCAAGGCUGAAGAAACUGAGGACUAGUCUGCAGGCAGCCCCACCUAAUAACGCCUUUAAUGGGAGGGGCGGUUUUAUGGACUUUGAGGAUUCAGUUAGAUCCUCUAAGGUCUUGCAAGGUCAAGAAAAUGUAGGUAUGGUAUCACCCUUUUAUGGUUGCGAUACCGCAAAACGCUCACUGGAGUUUGAGGUGCGAUCUUCUGCACAACAAAAUCAAGCGUCAGGUGGAGUUGAAAAGCUUAAUAUAGGUGAUUAUGUUACUUCUUUCACAGGCUUUAUGGAAUCUGAUAGAUUUCUGAAGGUCUUGCAAGGUCAAGAAAUAUGCUCAUUGAGGCCACAAACAAGAAAACCAGAGCCUAGUUUAGGUGUUUGGGGAAAGUUCAAUCUCAGUGACAACUCUUUUAACCCAUUUCAAUCACCAAACUCGAGUUUUUAUCACAUGGCGUCAAAUGGCGCCCGAAACAUGUAUUACCCUCGUCGUGAUAUUUACAGUACUGGCCAAGCUGCCAUGAUGAGCUCAAAUGAUAUCAAUUUUCCAAGAGAGAGUGCCUUGUUGAACCCAUCAGCAAAAAUGGAAAGGGCUAAUUCUACUCCUCCAACUUUAGGGUCGAAUAUGAGGAAUUCAAAGGACGAAAAUGUGAACCAGAACCGAACUGGCUGUAAACUUUUUGGUUUUUCCUUGACUACAGAAACUGCUACAAACAUGCAAAGUUCAGGGAAGAGAAGUUGUACCAAGGUAAGAAAGGUUCACAAACAAGGCAGCCUAGUGGGAAGAGCUAUUGAUCUCUCUAGACUGAAUGGCUAUACUGAUCUUCUUUCUGAACUCGAACGCCUGUUUAGCAUGGAAGGACUCUUAAAAGAUCCCGAUAAAGGAUGGCGUGUAUUGUACACCGACAACGAGAACGACGUAAUGGUGGUCGGGGAUUAUCCAUGGCAUGAUUUCUGUGAUGCUGUUUCGAAAAUCCACAUAUACACAGAAGAAGAAGUGGAAAAGAUGACAAAUGGAGUGAUCAGUGAUGAUACUCAAAGCUGCUUAGAUCAAGCUGCUUUGUGUAUGGAAGCAUCAAAAUCGUCUUCAGUGGGCCAACCUGAUUCAUCUCCGACAGUAGUAAGAGUUUAACUAAUAAUCAAGAUGUGUAUUUAUUUAUGUGUUUUCCAUAUCUAUCGUUCUGUCUGUCGAGUCGAAGUCAUCGGUAGCUUUGCUGCCAAGGACGGCGUCGUGUUUAGCUUUGUGUCUUUCUGCCCCAUAGGUUGGAAUCUGUUGUUUCAAACCUCUGCUUUCUAAUGGAUAGUGUGUAAGUCUACUUGUCUUUUAAGCUGUGGAAUGGUAUGAUAUUGAAGAUUUUGAACUUUGUAGAAGAUGAUAAAUUUGUUUAGCA